AUGGAACAGAUUUUGGGAAAGAUCACGACCCUGCUCCCCGAGGACAAGGAGGAGAGCCCCCAACCGAACACCUCAGGGUACCCCCUCCAGGAGGUAGUGGAUGAUGAAGUGUCGGGACCAUCAGGAAAGGGUGAGAAACCCCCCUUGCAGGCAGCACAGCAGAGCCUCCAGUGCCAGUUAGCUGCAGAGCUGGGAACGGAGCCUGUCCGGGAGGGCGCCCCCCCAAACUGGAAGAAGAAGGAGAAGCUCCCCCAGGUCUCCAAGUCCUGGCAUAACUACAUGUGUAAUGAGGUGAUCCAGGACUUCCAGGCCUCCGUGUUGCAGGUCUCAGACUCCCCCUAUGAUGAACAGGUGGCUGCACAAAUGCCCACAGUGCACUACGAGAUGCCCAAUGGCUACAACACAGACUAUGGCGCCGAGCGACUCCGCAUCCCCGAGGGCCUCUUUGAUCCCUCGAACGUCAAGGGCCUGUCGGGGAACACCAUGUUGGGUGUGGGCCACGUGGUGACCACCAGCAUCGGCAUGUGUGACAUUGACAUUCGCCCGGGCCUGUAUGGGAGUGUCAUUGUCACCGGCGGGAACACACUGCUGCAGGGCUUCACUGACAGGCUCAAUCGAGAGCUUUCCCAGAAGACCCCACCGAGCAUGCGACUGAAACUCAUUGCCAGCAACAGCACCAUGGAGCGCAAGUUCAGCCCCUGGAUUGGGGGUUCCAUCCUGGCCUCACUGGGCACUUUCCAGCAGAUGUGGAUCUCCAAGCAGGAAUAUGAGGAGGGCGGGAAGCAGUGCGUGGAGCGAAAGUGCCCCUGAUGGCACUCCUCCCCACGCACCUGCUCCCAAGCUCAGAUGGAAGUCCCUUAACCCCCAUGCCACAUCACCCCUCCUCUUUCCCGCUUGUCCUCGUAAAUGGUGAUGUUUCUGGGUUGGAAGAAGUAAAAAUGUUUUA